AUGGAUGUCAUCGCCCUCUACGCUAUGGGGUUCCGCUCCGAUGCGCAUCCAUUCAUCGAGGCCAUAUGUAUGGCUUCCUGCCCGCACCCGGGACUUCGCAUCGCCAGACCGCCCGUCCUCCCCGGGGUGUUUUGCCGCAAGGUACAAAACAAGUUCGCAAAUGAUAUUGAGCUACUGAGGGAGACGGCUGAAGAGGUUAUCGAGAGCAGAAAAACGGAAGCGAAGGCGGAGGCUCGGGAGUUGGAGGACCGACGCCACCGAGAGCAACUUGCUCACGGCGAUGCUAAAGGGCGUUGA